AUGGCUGAAAUGGCUCUUUACGGACCCUUUCGCAAGAAACGCGCUCCUAAUAAGCACAUGGACGGGAAGCCCUUCAUGAAGGGAAUCGUUCUAAAGACGCUCAUCCGGAAACCAAAGAAGCCUAACAGUGCGAACCGGAAGUGUGUCAAAGUUAGGCUGAGCAAUGGUCGUGAGGUGAUUGCGUACGUGCCGGGCGAGGGCCACAAUCUGCAGGAGCACAACAUUGUUCUUGUGCGUGGCGGCCGGUGCCAGGAUCUCAUCGGUGUCAAACACAAGAUUGUCCGCGGCAAAUUUGACUGUGCUCCCGUUCACAAGCCCUCUAAAUGA